UGGCAGGGGUGCUGGGGGCCAUGGCUGGCAGCCCCCUCUACCUGGUGAAGACACACAUCCAGGCACAGUCAGCUGCAGAGAUUGCUGUGGGGCACCAGCACCAGCACCGGGGCAUGGUGCAGGCGCUGAGGCAGAUCUGGCGGGCACAGGGUGUGGCUGGACUGUGGCGUGGGGCAGGCUCAGCGGUGCCACGUGUGGCCGUGGGUUCAGCCACACAGCUCAGCACCUUCUCAUCUGCCAAGGAUAUUGUCGACCAGCUCGCGGUCUUCCCAGCGGGUGGCUGGCGGGUGGCACUGGUGGCCGGCAUGAGCAGCAGCGUGGCUGUGGCCGUGGCCAUGACGCCCUUCGACGUGGUCAGCACCCGGCUCUACAACCAGCCCGUCGGGCCGCGCGGAGAGGGGCUACUGUACCGGGGCGUGGCUGACUGUUUCGCCCGCACCAUGCGCGCUGAGGGCAUCCUGGGCCUCUACAAGGGCCUCGGGGCCUGCUACUUCCGCAUGGGGCCCCACACAGUGCUGAGCCUCCUCUUCUGGGACCAGCUGCGCCGGCUCUGGGCCUGCUAUGGCCAGCGGUGACCCGGGGCUGGGCCCCGCCUGUGUCAGUGAUGGGCGCAGGCUCCCUGCACGCUGCGGCGGGGCCAUCUGCAGCCCCCACCUCCGCUCCAUCGACUGCGAGACCAGCCUGGGGUCAUGCCCCCAGUCUUACCCGUGCCCCCACUCCUGACCACAGCCCCCCAUUGGUGCCCCUCACUGCCACCCCACACACCCCACGUGGGGUCCCACUGGUGCCCCUCCCUCCUGACCCACAGCCCCACCUGUGGGCCCACUGGUGCCCCUCACUCCUGCCCUGCAUGCCCUCCCUCCAACCAGCAGCCGCCCCCAGGAACCCCACUGGUGUCCCUCACUCCCGACCUUCCCCUGCCACCUGGGGCCCCCCACUGGUACCCCUCACGCGCCCCGCAGCUCCCUGCCCCCUCCCCGGCGCCUGCUGUAACGAGCUGAAUAGAAGCUGAA